CAAAAAAUCGCCGUCUCUUGAUCAGAUCUUCGUGCAGAUGCCCAUGCUUGGCCUCAAGGUGCUUCUGUGCCUACGGAGAAACACGCCGCCCCAGCGAAUUCCUGUGCGAGCUCAGCAUUUUUUCCCCCUCUAAGCUCGCAGUUCGAGGACCGUCUUCUCGAGGCGGUGAACUUGCCCAUGACGACUGCCACACGUCGCCUCUGUUGGAUGUGUGUCUAUUGGUGACGAGAAUUCGCGUUUUUGGGUGUUUCGAUCCAGAGGGUUUCCUCUCCCUUGUCUCCCUCUUCUACCUCCCCCCCCCCCCUGUCGCCCUCCAUCUUGCCUCUGUUGAUUCUCUAUUGGCGUUUCCCCGCGAUAUCCUGACAGAUCAGCUCGUGUCGUUGUUGUCGCAGCGUUGUCGUGACUUCGUCUCCUAGCAACCAUGGCGCUUGCCAGCCAGUGUCCUGACCCUCCCGCCCUGCAGCCGUCAUCGAGUAGAGACACCAAUGCGGGGUCUUCGUCAGGUGCCCGCGGCUCCGGACACGUCAUCCUGUUCUCGGCCUCGGCGCUGCACCACUGGAAUCUCGCGACAGAGGAGCUCAACUCUCGGAGCAGCCGCACGACGGCCGCCGGACCCACGAGCAACUUCUCCAUGCCGACCAAGAGCACUGUGAGGGCGAGGGAGCACUUCAGCGUGGCUGAGAAGACCAUCCACUUCAGGAGGAACCGAAGACAGGACAACACCUGGCGGCCUGGCACGGGUGGCAACGGCAGCGGCAAUGGCAAUGGCAACCAGCACCCGCCCUCCACCGACCUGCUGCUCUACCCCCGUGUGCACAGCAGCUUCCCGGUGCUGUGCUGGUCGUGCGGCGAGUGUGCGGCCUGCAUGGACGACGGCGGGCAGUGGCGGGGGCGACUCAACUGCGAAAACCGCCGACUGUACGCGAAUUCGCUGGUGGAGGCGGCCGUGUUUCCGGUGGAGCCGAAUGGGCUGGGGAGGGCGCACGUGUACAGAGCUGUGUGCCUCUGUGGACACUCAUGUGGUAAGUGAGAGAGAGAGGGAGAGACACACACAGAGACACACACACACACACCGGGGUGGAAAGAUGAGAUGAGACGAGACGACAAUGGUUGGGUGGGUGUUCGGUUGGUUCAGACGACAGUUCGUUCUUCGGUCACCUCGCGAGGCACCACUGCCACCACGACAGACACAACGUCACCCACAUGGGUACGCACACACACAGGCCACGCCAUCCGUUGUCUGCCUUCAUCUCCGCACCGUGUCUGGUGUCUGUGUGUGCAGGUCUGCUGCAGUCUCGCGCAGGCUGCGGGAUGGACUGCGAGGGCCAGGCUGGUAGUGCGGCGGAUGCCGUGGCGGCGUUGAGUGACAAGGCCCGGUGUUUGCUGAUAGAGCCAUACCACCCCGCCAUCCCAUACACCACACACCCCGGUACGUCACCCUACCCUGCACCACAGACAGACAGAUGCCAAUGGUUGGCUCUCAUCUUUCUGCCUUUCCUGCAUCAGACCAUGACUUGGUGCUGGAGCCUGCCACUUACCAGGAGAUCGUCUUCGUGCCCGACAGCACCCUCGCCACCGACCUGCCCCCCCUCCCCCUCCUGCCAGGCCUCUCACAGUCGCCCAAGGCCUCGCACAGUGCCAAGCCUUCCGUCCUGCUCUCACCACGCACGCCAGCCUCCCCUCCCCUGUCCACCGUCAGCGCACCUUCCCGACUCGCACGCACAGGCGUCCGCAACAGGACAGCCACAGCCCCGCAGCCCAGCGGUGUGGCCGACGUGAUGGUGCCGAGGCCUCCACUGACGGAGUUUCAGCUGCGGUUGCGCGAGCUGCCGGGGAAGGAGGGCGGCCCAGCCAGUGCCGCUGCUUGUGCUGCCGAGGCGGAGCCUUGCGAGGAGCACAUCAGGAAGAGAGCCCGCACGUGCAAUGGUGACGGGGAGGCGUCGGUGUCGGAGGACAACGCGGGGGAGGUGACCCCUGGCCCUGCUGAGGUCGACAACAUGGUCCUGCUGCCCUGGUACGGAGGGACGGUGGGACACAAUGGCACACCUCACAGACAGUACAGUGGGACACGAUACACCACUUCUCGCGAUACACCCCACAAGCAUGACGCCUCUUGCAAUCAAUCGUGUCUCUCUCGUGUCGUGUGUGUAUGGUAUGGUCAGGAUCCACGCAAUGAUGGACCUGAACCGCCAGCUGCGUGCCGAGGGUACGGUGUCCCACUCAGCUCCCCUCCCUCCCAUGCCCAUGGCUUCGCCAUCCGCGGAUACCGGCACUCCAGCAAUGCCCCCGUUCCUGCCGUUGGCUGACCAGGACAUGACAGCGCCUUCGAUGCAGCUGGACGGGGGCCCGUGUGAGGCGGCUGGGGGGCUGCCGAAUGAGAGCGCACCGGUGGACGAGGGGUCGCCAUGGGACUUUCUCCUUGGGGGGUCGAUGUGAUGUGAUCUAAUCAAUCAACGGGGUGGUGUGGUGUGGUGGAUGGCAGUGAAUGUGUGAAAACAGUGACAUGACAUGGGAUGACAUGACAUGCGUGACCUGACUGGCUCGGCUCUGCUCUGCGUGUUGGUGGUCCGAUUUUUGUCAGUGAGUGAGAGCUCUUUUCAUGCGUCCAUCCAUGCGUCGGUCGCUUCAACCCCCC